AUGGCUUCGAGGUCGAGGAAGAUAAUGGAACUGAUAAAUUUGCAAUUAGUUUCGCCUGCUGAUCUUUCUACCAAUGAAGACGAAGUUCCAAUUCAAGGUAGACCAUCUGAUCACAACAAAAUGUCCAUGGACUUAGGUCAAGAUUCUGCGGCUAAUGUUGUGAUAUUAUCAGAUAUCACUAAUAAUCCUGAAAACAAGUCUUACUUGAAUGUUAAGACCUUUUUUGAAUCCGACGAAAUCGCUCAUCAAAAAUGUGCUAGUCGAAAAAGAGACAAUGUAAAUUACAAUGUCUCACCUUUAAACUCGGAUGAAUCGGACGUAGAUGUUAGUGACCAAGAUCCAACGUAUGACCAUCAAAUAAAAAAAAAGAAACUGAUACCAGUAUACCCCGUGUUGCGGCGUUUAUCGUCAUCUAGUUCUAGCAGCUCAUCGUCAUCUGGUUCUAGCAGCUCUUCAUCGUCAGAGUCAUUAUCUCCUUCCGUAAAUUCGAAUCAUGAGCCAGAAAAUUUUAUACCCACUUAUCAAGACUUUAAUACUUUUAACAAUCCGGACACUACAGCUAAUGAACAAUUAAUUGAGGCACAGGGAACAAGUUCAAUUGAAGAGAUGGCAGUAGGCCAAAGUAACAUUGAAGAAGAUAUGGAGAUUCCCAAGAAGAAAGGUAGGAAGCGCACUAGUAAUCCUAAAAAUUGGAGACAAAACAUAAAUAGAGUACUAAGAAAUACUGGCCAUUCUUAUGUAUCUAAGGAAAAAAAAAUCAUUCCACCUCGUGAAGUGAAGCAACCUUGCACAGAUCGUUGCAGACUUAAAUGUUCUGAAAAGUUUACAUCCGUUCAGAGACGAGCUCUUUUUGAAGCUUAUUGGAAUAUUGGGGACGUUGAUAAGCAGCGAUUGUUUAUAAACUCUUGUAUGUCCAACGUCACGCCUAGAUAUAAAUACACAAACGCCAUGCGUCCGAGGCAGAGCAAUAAGGCUUUUCACUUUAUUAUGGAUGACAAACCAAUCCGAGUUUGUAAACAGUUUUUCAUAGGAACACUAAAUAUAUCCGAUCGCGUUAUUCGCACAGUAAAACAAAAGUCUGAUAAGCUUGGCAUUAUCCAAAGUGAUCAAAGAGGAAAACAUAACAACCACCGUACUAAUGAUGAAUCACUGAUUUUAGACAUAAAAACGUUUAUAGACUCUAUACCAAGAAUUGAGUCGCACUACACAAGGCAAACUUCUACUCGCGAGUAUAUAGAUGGGGGAAAAAGCAUCACAGAUCUUUUCAAAGACUUUAAAGAAUGUCAAGAAAAAAACAAUAAGUCAUGUGGUAAAUAUUGCACAUUUUACAAUGUAUUUACUAAAGAAUAUAAUAUAUCAUUUUUUUAUCCGCGUAAAGAUCAAUGCGACCUGUGUCUGCAGUACGCAAAUUCAAAUAACGAACAGAAGAAUCUAAUUCGUGCCAAAUUUGAAGCUCAUUUGGAAGAAAAAGCACUAAGUCGGCAAGAAAAAUACAAUGACCGCUGCAAAAUAAAUGAAAAGAAUAAAGUUAUUGUUUUUGAUCUACAAGCUGUUUUACAAUCGCCGAGGGGCAAUACAUCAGCAUUCUACUAUAAAUCCAAAUUAAACAGUUAUAACUUUACUGUCACGCUUCUUAACAAAAAAGUUGAUGGCCAAAUGAAAGACGCCUAUGCUAAUGUACAUUCUUAUUUUUGGAAUGAAACUGAUGCCAAACGUGGUGCUAACGAAAUAGGCUCCUGCUUACUGGAUUGCUUUGAGAAGGUUUGUCGUGAUUCAAGUGUUAGUGACACUGGCUUAAAUUUCAUUUUAUAUUCUGAUAAUUGCACUGGCCAGAAUAAAAAUAAAUAUAUAUUGGCACUUUAUCUCUAUGCGGUGACCCACCUGAAUAUAGAAUCAAUAACACAUAAAUUUCUAAUCAAGGGGCACACCCAAAAUGAGGGAGAUAAUAUUCAUAGCCUUAUAGAAAAGGAAAUAAAAAAGAACCUUAAAACAGGACCAAUAUACAGUCCCCACCAGUAUGUAACCAUAAUUAAAAAUGCCAAAAAAACGGGCCAAAAGUUCUUAGUUCAUGAAUACACCUACGAUUCAUUUUUGGACUUGAAAAAACUUCAAGAAGACUGGGGAUACAAUUUCAAUGAAACUGAAGACAAAAAACACUUAUCAUGGAACGAUAUAAAAAUAUUAAAGUGUAAAAAAAGUGAACCGUUUGCAUUUUUUGUGAAAACAUCAUACAAAGAUAAAGAGUUCAUAAAAAUAUGCUUAAGGAACAGGAGGAAAAAAAUGAAGCCCUUGUCAGAGCUGACAACAGUAAAAGCAUACACGGGCAAGCAAGAGCUCAGCGAAAACAAAAAGAAAGAUUUAAAGGAACUGAUUGAUAAAAACCUGAUCCCCAAUUUUUACAAAGAUUUUUAUGACACAAUUUUGUAA